AUGCCAGCCACAGACGCGGCUCUGCCGAGGCGACGCCAGAACGUUGCAUGCGCAACUUGCAAGCUACGACGCGUAAAGUGCGACCUGUCCGCUCUCCUCCAAUGCCACACCUCCCCCCCUUCGGACCCAGGCCCGUCUUCUGGCACGAGCGCAUCUGCUCCAGAGCCGUCCUUGGCCGACCUCAUACGCCGAAACCCAGAAAUUCACUGUACAAAUUGUACAGAUAGAGACAUCAUCUGCAACAAAGACGGGAUACUCAAUCCCUCGAGGACAAAGCAAAAGGGAAAGAGAAUCACAGAGGCGAAGCGUCGAUAUGGAGUGAACGAGCAGGGUGGUACAGCGAUUGCAGCCCCGACUUGCUCUGCCUCGUCUGGCACGUCGCGCACCAGCCACUCGCCUGUCGCUCCCGAGCCAGAUUUCAACCCCUUUGAUGGCUCACGGCCAGAUCCAUACCUCGCCCAGGCGACACGAGAGGACCUUGAACUGCCUUCCCUAGACUAUGAUUUCUCCCCUUCGACACUACCUUCGAGCUUCAUGCCCGAGCCCCUGGGUCCGCCUCCACGCCCUCCUCCAACUCAGGUAGAGUUUAGUGGGCAGUAUUUCAAUGCUAUCACUGUACCUCGAAACUCGGAGGCGGCGUCGAUAUGGUGGCAGUUUGCCAAUCAGCCACAAGAGACCAUGGCGCAUAUCACCAGGACCGGCAAGACGCCCCAGGCAUCACCUGCUGUCGAAUCUGCCACCAGCUUGUGGGAUUUAACUACAUUGGGAGGACAGGUCAUGGAUCACGUGGGAUCAUUCGCAAGUGCCCCCUCGCUGACCCCCUUGGAAGCUACCGCCCUCGACCGGUCAGCCUUCGAACGGUCUCGCGAGGCUUCUUCUGUCAAUCUUGAUCCCUUUGUUACCACCAGCCUUCAGCGAAAAAGACCCCGCGAGCCCUCAUCGAGCCCGACCACUAGCAGGAAGACGUUGGCCCAAGAGCACGACCCAUGGCAGCUAUGGAUGGGAGACGAUGAAUCACGAGCUAUGUUACUUUGGGGUAGGGCAGAGGAUAUGCAGGAGAGAUUGGCGAACAGGGCCCUGGGUACAGAGCUCAGUAGGCACCUGGUAACCAUGUUCUUCCAAGCGGUCCACUAUUCUUUCCCGGCGAGUCGUUUGCCUAUAGCCAUAUCGCCCGAGUCAUUCUAUCUCGAAUGGAUGCGCGCUGGACAGCGAUCGGAUAGAAUGACCCCCGCUCAGGAAGUACUCUGCUCGGGUAUGGAAGCGUGGGGCGCGAGGUACUCUGACAACCCAAUGAUACUGGGACUGCAACCCCACAUGGCCAGACUAGCCCCGAGAGGCGAGUCUUCAUCUCCAACAGGUAUCGAAAAAAGAAGUCAAUGGGGCCGCGCUCGCAUGCCCGCUUGUAGAGCUCUUAUCGAGCGUACUCGGAGAUUGGUGGAUAGCACGGGCCUCAUGCGAAAACCAAGCGUCACAGGUGUGCAAGCCCUUACUCUUUUCGUACAACUGCUAUUCACCUCGGACGAAUCAAUCGGCGAGGCUAGGCUGUUGGAAGCAAAUACUAUACAAUCCACCAUUCUCGAGCAAAUGAGGCUUCUGGGUCUCAUACGUCUAUUCUGGACCCAUGCUAUCGUCGACGCAUUCUGGUCUGCAUCCUCUCGCUCUCCGCCGAAAAUUCUCGAUGAAGACCUAGAAUCGGCCGGAAAGUGGGUACGGACCCUACGAAGCGCUUUGCCGCCCUCUUCAUUUGAAGCCCUUGCAUUCUUCCUAGAAUGCACCUUCCGCGUCACCAAAGUCGUCCGUGGAGUGGCAUUGAAAAUGGCCAUUCCGAGCAAAAGGAAGGGUGCAAUAGAUGUAGAGCAAUUCUGCAGGGACGCAAGAAAUGCCUGGAAAGAAGCGGACUCUAUCACUGAUGAACUCAACCGACACACGUCUCACGCGCUCAAUAGCUGCUCCAAAGAUGAGAUUCUUGGUUUCUCGCCCUUGAAUUUCUUUUUCAAUCUCCGUCUCUCAGUCGUUUCCCUCCUCUUUAUCACGCAUGACCUUAUCCGCGAACAGCUCGAGUUCCGCAAAACCCUAUCUUCCGCGUAUAUCGUUGCGAGCGAGGACACAGAGUCUGUUAUGGGAGGCGAUGUGCCAGAGAUUAGGAGGAUAUGGAAGGCUGCGCAGAGCCAUCUGGAGAUGAUGCAAGCGCUAGACCGGGAGAGUGUGGAUAUGUUGCUGAGCACCUGUAGAGGCCAGGUGCACAUGUUCAAGACGGCUAUGCACACCGGCAUCAUGCAAACGGCCACUCUCAUAUUACGAGUGCUUAUAUUCACUACUAAGUUCCUCUGUGGAGUGCCUACAAACGAGCAAGGUUAUCCGACAAGCACUCGAGGCGGACAUGACUGGACAUGGGCGCGGAAGCAGGAGGAAGUGGGACAUUGCGUGGAAGCUCUAUACCAGAUCGGAUGGGCUUGGGGUGAUGUAGGACCUGUCCUCGAUGACAUUGAACGGACCAUGGAACGACACUCGCGGACGCACGAGGAGCUGUCAAUGUUUCAAGGCAUCCUACAAACCGCACCAAAAGAGACAUCAGAGGCUGAAGGAGCGAGAGAGAGGAGACAGGAACGCAAGGAGAGUGAUGAGAAGGCGAUUGAGGCUGUGAUGCGCUUCUGGCCGCCCAUAUCUGUGCCCCAAUUGAUCGAGGAGGCUAUCAGCCCGAGCCAUCAUCGGUCCCCGAGCUCACAGUCUUCCAGCUCAUUCCAAGCCGGUCCCAUUGCGCUUAUUCCAGCGCAGUUCUCGGCAGUCAUGUCAUCGCAUGGCUCCCUAUCUGCGGCUUUCUCGCACGGAAACCUCGAGGUUCCAAGAGCGACGCCUCCCUUACACCACUUUAGCCCUGCCGCUGUGCGGACUACUGCGACUCCUACCCCCGAAUCGUCUUCCCAUCAGACUAUCUCGGACGAUGCGUUCCCCUCACAGCCCGACUUCGACGAAUUCUUGAAAUUUCUCAGUGCCACCGAGGAUGCCACUGGCGACGUAUGGCAGGGGGCGCAGAAGCCGCAUACACCCAUCGUGGGCGAUCCCAACGGCAUGUUUGCUGCAAUGAUUCUUCAAUGUGCAGAAAGGUCUGACUCAAAUAACAAUUUGGGCGGCGCCGGGCAGAUACCAGCAAAGUCGUCUGUGGAAGGUGCCAGUGAUGAUGUCAGUGUGGAGAGUAUAUUGAACGAGCUAGAGAUGGGCGGCUUGCAACAGAUGGGAGCUUCCGAUAACUGGGAAGCUUCGUUCACGGCCAAGUUUUUCGAGACCGGAACUAAGGGGGAGGGUACGGGGCAGUAG